CUGAAUUAUUAGCGCUCGCUGGUUUUGGUUUUUUUGUUUGCUUCGCCUUCGUUUCUCUUUCUCUCUCUCUACUCAACUUCGUUUUCUCUUUUUUCUCACACCACUUCUUCAAAAACCCAAAACCCUAGUUUCUCAUAUCUAACACCAUGAACUGCUCCAUUUCCGGUGAGGUUCCGGAAGAGCCUGUGGUGUCAAAAAGUUCCGGUCUUCUCUUUGAGAAGCGUUUAAUCGAGAGACACAUAGUGGAUUAUGGGAAGUGUCCAGUUACUGGAGCUCCACUUACACUGGACGACAUUGUACCAAUCAAAACCGGCAAGAUAGUGAAGCCCAGACCAGUGCAAGCAGCUAGCAUCCCUGGCAUGCUUGGAAUGUUUCAAAAUGAAUGGGAUGGGUUGAUGCUAUCAAAUUUUGCAUUGGAGCAACAAUUGCACGCAGCAAGGCAAGAGCUAAGUCAUGCUUUAUAUCAGCAUGAUGCUGCUUGCCGUGUGAUUGCAAGACUUACAAAGGAACGAGAUGAAGCUAGGUCUUUUCUUGCACUGGCAGAAAGGCAGUUCCCUAUUUCUGCAACAAAUGCUGUGACAGCAAAUGCCCCUGUUGUGAGCAAUGGGAAAAGAGCUGCUGCUGAUGAAAAGCUGGCACCUAGUGCAAAGAAAUUACAUCCUGGAAUUUCUUCUAGCAUAAUUUCUGAGCUAACAGACUGCAAUGCUGCUCUUUCACAGCAGAGGAAAAAACGACAGAUUCCUGCGACUUUGGCUCCUAUUGAUGCUCUUGAGACAUAUACCCAGAUAUCUAGUCACCCCUUUCACAAAACAAACAAACAAGGCAUUACAUCUCUUGAUAUCCUUCAUUCUAAGGAUUUAAUUGCAACUGGAGGUAUUGAUACAAAUGCUGUUAUUUUUGAUCGACCAUCCGGACAAAUAUUAGCUAUUCUUCCUGGUCACUCAAAAAAGGUAACCAGUGUGAAGUUUGUAGGUGAGGGCGAAUCUUUCUUAACUGGUUCAUCAGAUAAGACGGUUCGUUUGUGGCAAACGUCAAAUGAUGGUAGCUAUGAAUGCAGACAGAUCUUGAGGGAUCAUACGGCUGAGGUGCAAGCUGUCACUGUCCAUGCCACCAAUAAUUACUAUGUCACUGCAUCACUUGAUGGUACUUGGUGCUUUUAUGAACUGUCUUCAGGAACUUGUCUGACUCAGGUUUCGGACUCUUCUGGUUCUUCUGAAGGUUAUACAUCUGCAGCUUUUCAUCCUGAUGGUCUUAUUCUUGGAACUGGCACAACAGAUUCUCUUGUUAAGAUCUGGGAUGUAAAAAGUCAGGCAAAUGUUGCUAAGUUUGAUGGACAUGUGGGGCAUGUAACUGCCGUUUCCUUUUCUGAGAAUGGAUACUACCUUGCGACUGCAGCACAUGAUGGUGUAAAGCUUUGGGAUCUACGGAAGUUGAAAAACUUCAGGAAUUUUGCCCCAUAUGACUCAGAAACUCCAACAAGCUCUGUGGAGUUUGACCACAGUGGAUCCUACCUCGCAGUUGCAGGCUCUGAUGUGAGGAUAUACCAAGUCGCAAAUGUGAAAUCUGAAUGGAACUUAAUCAAAACAUUUCCUGAUUUAUCUGGAACAGGAAAAUCCACAUGUGUAAAAUUUGGCCCUGAUUCAAAAUACAUAGCAGUUGGAUCAAUGGACCGGAAUCUUCGAAUUUUCGGCCAACCCGGCGAAGACAUUCUGAAUCAUAAGCACGCCUGUUGCAUAGUCUUGGUUCUGAAGUGAGAGUUGCUGGCCUGCUAUUAAUGCUUGGUGGUCUAAUUUCAUUGGUUCGAAAAGUGAAUGAAAGUUUUGGUUAAUUUGAUUAUUCAGUCUUGGUCCUCUUCACAUACCAUGGUGUAUGUGGAAUGGAGCAAAUAUACUCAAGGCUUUCUGCAUCAACAUUACUAUGCCUUUGUUCUUUGUCUACUGACCUAAAGGACAAAUCUGUAAUAUUUGCAUUGUCAUGAAAAUCUGAAGCCUGUAUUGUCCUCCCAGAUAAUUUGUAACGUGAUUACUUAUUAGUGAGAUAAUUGUAAUUUGUUGGCCAUUGCUACCGGAAAUUUAUAUGGUUGUUAACAUUAAUAACCUUUUUUAGUUUAA